CAGACUCACUCGCUCGCUCUCUCUGGUUGAGUUCCGUCACUGCAUCACGUGCUGUCUGUAUAGAAGCAACAACGCAACAAGACUCCAUAGUGAAUAGUCCAUCCACCACCAGCAUCAAUGUCCUCAGACUUCCCGUCCCUCGACGAGUUCGAGCAAGGCAACACAGCAGCACGGCCACACACAGACUCACAACCACAACAAGACGACCUGGGCUUCUCCGACUUCACACACGGCCAUGCAUCUGCAACCUCCACCAAAUUCCCAGAUAUCGGUGAGGCAGGCGACUUGCUCAAUGCAGAGGAAGACUUUCAAUCUGCCUUUCCACAGCUAGAGCAGCAACCGGCACCCUCAGGCAUGAUUUCAGCACCUACAGAACCCUAUGUCCCCGGAUUCCAAACUGCCGCUACAGCCGCACAACCCUCCUCAGACUUCACGAGUGGCGAGGAACCAGAGGUUGUUCGAGAAUGGCGAGCUAGGCAGCAACAGCAGAUCGAGCGACGCGAUGCAGAAUCAGCAAAGAAGAAGGAGAAGCAGAUUGCUGAUGCGCAAAAGCAAAUUGAUGACUUCUACGACCAGUACAAUGCGAAGCGUGAUAAAUCUGUCGCUGCCAUUAGAAAGGAGCAAGAGGCAUUCUUGGCAAAGCGCGAUGAGACGACGAGCGGUGGAACGAGUUGGGAGCGUAUAGUCAAGUUGAUUGAUACAAAGGACAAGGCUGCCGUUCGAGGCAGCAGGGAUGUGAGCAGGAUGCGUGAUUUGCUGCUAGAUUUGCGCAAGGAUGCGGAUGCACCUUCAGCGGGACUGUAGUUGUCGCUUUGCGUCGCUUUGUAGAUGCAAAGAGAUGCUCAACUGCUGAUGACUGGAGAUGAUGUUUAUGUUGGUACAAUGCUUUUGCUUUUGACAUUACUGAAGAGGAUUCCACUUCUCCUCUUCCUGCUUCGCCUUCUCCUCACCUGCUUCAGACCGUUCAGCCCUCUCCUCAUCCUCAGGCUUCUUGCUCACUUCACCUUUGCUCGUGCCAUACCCAGUCGAUCGCUGAAACUCCAUCAAUG